AUGGCCAUUCAAGUCAACCUCGAUCAUCAGACCUUUUGGGCACCACGGCCACAGUCGAGACCGCAGUGCGUCGAGGGUGAACCGCAUUUUCGCCCAGCUGUGCCACAGUCGAAGUCCUCGCCGCUGCUUUCGAAUGAUGACCGUGGCAUACUUGGCGUGCCGAAAGAAUCGCUUGCCUUGUCGCCAAGGCUGGCGUCAAGCAGAGACGACUUCAUCUAUAUUUCCGACGACGCAGCUUCGGACAUGGACGACGCGUCUCACGAACCAUUUGAUGAAACGCUGCUGUCUGUCCAGGCCAUCGUGCAGUCUCUGAAAGACGCUGGAAAAAUUGGCAGUACAGUUUAUGGCUGUGAUCAAACGUCACAGCACAAGGGCGAGCACGAGGCAGCCCGACGGUCGGCUUCUUCCCCGUCGUUCGAGCAUGAAAAAACCAAUGACAGACCCAGGCUAUCUGUUGAAGUAGCCGUCGAGUGCCCAACCGGUGUUUCAGCCUCAACAUCUCGACUACGUACAUCCACGACCACUUCGCUGUUCGCUAGAUCGCGAACUAGUAGCCCGUCGUGCGAAUCUUCGCUCUCGGAUGCUGCGUCCCCACAGACACGCUGUACUUCUAUGUCGGCAAAUGGCGAAGGCGCGAAAACGACGUCCACAUCUGAGAUGCCGCGGCGUGUCGAUAGCCAAUUGCAUUCCCUUUCAUCUAUAUCACAGCCACAGCCGAUGCCCUCACCUCCGGAUCACGACCGUACCGGGGUUGACAUAACACCCGAAGCAUCGCCUGGUCCGUCGCAAAGGUUGCCGUCAAGCACAGACGACGUUAUCCACGUUUCCGACGACACAACCUCAGACAGGGCCGAUGCGUUAUCCCACGAACGAUGCGCUACAUCGCCGCCGUUAGUUCAAACCGUCGUGCAGUCUCUAGAAGACACCGGAAACAUAAGCACUACCACUCAUGACUGUGACCAGACGUCAAAAUACCAAGACAAGCGCGAAGUGACUCCCCGACCGCUUCUUCCCACGCCUGGCGAAACACAAGCCAAUCAGAGCGCCGGGUUAUCCUCUGCUGAGCUGGCGGGCUGCUCAACUGUUGUUUCUCCAUCGACCUCUCAAAACACUGCAUCCAUGCCCACCCCAAUGCCAGCUAUUUCGCGAGCCAUGAGCCCUUCGCUUGGAUCUCAGUCCCGGGAUAUUGUUUCUACGCAGAUCAGUCCUACUUCCAUGUCGGCUGCUCAUGAAGGCACAGUUGAGACUGAAAAUGAAAAGUGUACGGAGACGACCACAUCGGAGAACUCUGUCUACGAGCCAAAAGCAUUCGAAUGUACUGAUGGCAAUGCUAUGACGGUCAAGCCCCUCACGAGCCGCAUGUGUUCACAACUACAGAACAAGCGGCUAAGGGAACCAUCAGCGGACCACGAUACAGAGAAGCAUGAAGUGGAAGGGUCGGCCAGAGCGUCGGAUGACCCGGAGUACUGCCCACCGACAUGUGACGAAUUGGAAACCGACAGCGACCGUCAUUUCAGUGACAAAAACCAGUCGCCCCGCAAGCGCCACAAAUCCCGAUCCGUGUCGGCGAAAACCAAGUCGCGAAUUCAGGAAAUUAAUCAGCGCGAAUCGGCGGGAUUAGAUCAGGGAUUACAGCUGAUCUCUCCCACAUCAGAUGAUGCACACAACAUGGAAAAGCCUAUCGAUGCGGUGUUUGAUGAAUGGACCUUGCAGGAUGUAAUUCUUCGACGAACAAUUAUGGAUGGCAAGGCAACGUUCCAGUUCCAGUUUGACUGGGAUCUAUGCAUGAAACACGGCGCAGAAACCGGCCGUAAGGGGUCUAUGAAGCAGGGCCAGGGCAAACCUAUCGUCAAGAGCAACAAAAGAAGUUGUAGAAAGCCAAGGGAUGAGACAAAGGGUCGGCAAUGUCGUAGGUGCGGCCGGCCUGGCCAUAACGCACGAACUUGCCAGAACAGUAUAGAGCUAUCCAACGAUGGAGAAGAGUAA